UAAUUUUAAAUAUUAAAAAAAAUGGUGGCUCACAUUAGAAGAACGAGUACUGUAUGCAGCAUGGGAUGACCAUGAACAUGAUGAGAAAGUUUGAUAUAAAAAAAUAAUUUAAGCUAAUAUGUGAUUAAUUGUACACUCCAUGAGUUAAACCAGGGCACUGAGGUAGACAGCCUCUGCAAGUUAAACCAGGGCACCAAGGUAUGAUCAUGAAUAGAGAUUCAUCUGCAAAGUCUCCAGCAUGGAUUCGUCCCGAAGAUGUUAUGAAAGUCAGAAAAUUAAAGGCAAAACGGAAAGCAUUGCAAGCUCGUAUGAUAAGCUCUACAAACACCUUGCAGAUUUUGGCCCCAGUACAUGGACAGACUAAUGAUUCAUUAGGUCAAGGUGUGAAAAGGCGAAACCCUUUCAAGUGUUCCCCGAAUAAAAAAUCAAAGCUUGAUGACGACAGUAACUUAGACAUCACAAGUGAUGCCUCUCUCUUCCGUUUGCUUAAUCCUUCUGAGGGGAAAGAUUCAAGUAGUACUACUGGCAAGGCUAUUGAUUUUUCAAGUUUUUUUAACAAAGAACUUGGUACUACUACAUCAUCACCAGUAGAUGAUGGCGCAUCAAAACAAACUUGGACACAUAAGUUAGUUGUUGACUGGAGUUUGAAGACAAAAAUUCGUUUCAGAUCUCUCAAGCCUCUUCCAUGGAAACAUAAUUUCAAGACAUCGGAAGAAGCAUCGGGUACAACAGGCUUUGUUCGUUGUCUCAGUUCAGCAUCUGAAGAAAAUGAGGAUCGCACUCUUGAUACUUCUGCGAAUGCUAAAUUUUAUCAAUGUUGUUUAAUUUGGCAACACCCAAAUCUUCCAUGGCUUCAGCUUUUUCCAAGAGACAAUGUUAAGAUAUCAUCCCAGACUGGACUUUUUGGGAAUGAUCAGAAAUUGGCAGAUUCUCUUCAUGCUGAAUGGUCAGAGAGUGUACGUUCCCUUCAUCAGUUGCUGAGGGUUCGCCAGUGUCCAUACUUUUACAUGUGUGGACCAACAUUCACUUGCUUGUUCCGAGCUGCUGGAGUUGCUGGGAUUUCUCAAAUGCAUGCUCUAAUCUCCCCUACAACCAGAGGUUUCAGAGAAGCAAUGAAAAAUGAAGAUAUUGAAUUUGAAAUGCCAUUUCACAAUGCAAGCUUAGUGAAAGGUGGUUCUGAACAGAAAGGUGAACUUGGAGAAAGUGAUUCUGAAGACCAACUAGGGACAGAAUUAGAAGAAGAAGGAGAGGAAGCAAAGUCCUGGCUUGAGGACCUUGGAGUUGAAACUUCACAGUUUCCUAAUCUAAAUCCAAGCCGUGUAAAAUUAGAACGUGUAAAAUACAAAAAUAUUGACAGCACUCCUACAUCAUUAGUGUAUGUUGAAGGGAUGGAGAUUCAGGGUUUAGUCAACUUUCUUCUGAAUAGUCGUAGUUGUAUUUCAACAGUUGGUCCUCUGGCUGGGGUGCCUCCUACACUUUUAUCUCCAGUAGCAUUUCAAGGAGGUUCUCUUAAAACAUUGAAGACCAAAGGUAACACUAUCCAUCAAGAUGGGGAGACACAUUAUAGUAUGGAAGUUAUGGGCCCAAUUAUGCCCCACACUAUUCAUCAGUUGACCUCUCUUUUGUGUACGUCUUUAGAUGAGUUUUCCUUCUCUUGCAAUCCAGUUAUAGCUACUCAAUCCUUUUCCAAAUAUAAAUGUCAAGAAGACAGCUGUGCUCCACAGGCAUUUGCCCAAGAAGGUCUUGUCGAUUGUGGCCUGGAUUCCUGUACAAGAUCCUUGAUAUGCACUCCCCCAGGAACAAAGGAAUUGGAGCUUCCACUGACUUACCGCGAAGUAACUUAUAAAGCUGAAAAAUAUACUUGGUCUAACAAGUUAUAAUGACUUGUAAGCUAGGUCUUAAAGUAUAAAAUAUAUUUUUAUAUAUAGAAAAAUGUACAAAUCUUUAGAAAUUAAUUUACUCUCUUCAUAUUACUGUUUAUUUUGUGUAUCUGUUUUAGAACUUUUAAAUUCUUUGGUACAACUUUAGUAGUUUGAAAGAACAUUUUAUUGUAGACUAAAUUAAAAGUGUAAUGCACUUGA